AUGGCAGUUGCUAUGAAUCAUACCUCUGGAGGAGAUACCCAUGCAGGGGGAUGCAAUGAUGCUUUGUACAAGGAACUAUGGCAUGCCUGUGCUGGACCUCUUGUCACUCUUCCUCGUGAAGGGGAGCGAGUUUAUUAUUUUCCACAAGGCCACAUGGAACAGCUUGAAGCUUCAAUGCAACAGGGGAUGGAGCAGCAAAUGCCCUCAUUUAAUCUUCCUUCUAAAAUUCUGUGUAAAGUGGUUAAUGUUCAGCGCAGGGCUGAACCCGAAACAGAUGAAGUUUAUGCCCAGAUAACACUGCUUCCUGAACCAGAUCAAAGCGAGGUUACUAGUCCUGAUCCUCCACCCCAAGAACCUGAAAGAUGCACAGUCCAUUCAUUUUGCAAGACACUUACUGCUUCUGACACAAGCACUCAUGGUGGUUUCUCUGUUCUUCGGAGGCAUGCAGAUGAUUGUCUGCCUCCUUUGGAUAUGUCUCAGCAGCCACCUUGGCAGGAAUUGGUUGCAACUGAUCUGCAUGGCAGUGAGUGGCAUUUUCGACACAUUUUUCGAGGUCAACCAAGGCGUCACUUGCUCACAACUGGGUGGAGUGUCUUUGUCAGCUCCAAAAAGUUAGUUGCGGGCGAUGCAUUCAUCUUCCUAAGGGGAGAAAAUGGUGAGCUUCGUGUGGGAGUAAGGAGACUCAUGAGGCAACAGACAAAUAUGCCAUCUUCUGUUAUAUCUAGCCAAAGCAUGCAUCUAGGGGUUCUUGCUACUGCUUCUCAUGCCAUUGCGACUGGAACCCUUUUUUCCAUCUUCUAUAAGCCAAGAACAAGUCGGUCUGAGUUCAUUGUAAGUCUUAACAAGUAUCUUGAAGUUCGAAACAGCAAGCUUUCUGUAGGGAUGAGGUUUAAGAUGAGAUUUGAGGGUGAAGAAGUUCCUGAACGAAGGUUUAGUGGCACCAUUGUCGGCGUUGGAGAUAAUAUAUCAUCAGGAUGGGCUGAUUCUGAGUGGAGAUCCUUAAAGGUCCAAUGGGAUGAACCCUCUUCCAUCUUGCGACCAGAGAGAGUAUCACCAUGGGAAUUGGAACCACUUGUUGCAACCACUCCUUCGAACUCCCAACCUGUGCAGAGGAAGCGGGCACGACCAUCUGUCUUACCCUCACCAACAGUGGAUCUUUCUGCACACGGUGUGUGGAAACCCCUAGCUGAGUCCUCUGCUUUCUCAUAUGGUGAUUCACAACGUGGACGAGACCUUUAUCCAUCACCCAAUUUCUCUACCACUGCAAAGGCCAACUCUCUUGGCUUCUCUGGCAAUGGUCCAGUGGCUGGUGUUUCCCCUAACUCAAUGUAUUGGCAUAACCGAGUGGAAAGUGUCACGGACUCUUUUGCUCCAGUUGUAAACAAAAAUUCUGGGGAAAGGAGACAGGGCACUGGGAUUGGCUACAGACUGUUUGGGAUUCAACUUGUUGACAACUCCAAUGCAGAAGGAACUUCACCAGUUGUUACUGUGUCUGGAACAGUGGGCAAUGAUCGCCCAGUUAUGUCUUUGGAGGCAGAAUCUGAUCAGCAUUCUGAGCCUGAGAAAUCAUGUCUGAGAUCUCCCCAGGAGUUGCAAAGUAGGCAAAUCAGGAGCUGCACAAAGGUUCACAUGCAUGGGGUUGCUGUUGGAAGAGCUGUUGAUUUGACGCAGUUUGAACGCUAUGAAGACCUGCUGAGGAAGUUAGAGGAGAUGUUUGAUAUUGAAGGUGAGCUGAGUGGAUCCACGAAGAAAUGGCAGGUAGUCUACACGGAUAAUGAAGAUGACAUGAUGAAGGUUGGGGAUGAUCCAUGGCAUGAGUUCUGCAGCAUGGUGAAGAAGAUUUUCAUCUAUACAUCUGAAGAAGUCAAGAGGUUGUCGUCCAAGAUUAAAUUUCCAGCUGACGACGAGGUCAAAGGAGGUGGUGCCAAUGCUAAUGCUGAUGCAGCUGUUAACACCGAGGACCGCUCAUCCAUUGUUGGGCCUGGAUGCUGA